AUGAAGUUUCUAGCUCCGUUUAUUUUUCUUACCUUUCUGCUAUUUGAGGUUAAGGGUCAAUUUGUUCCUGCUUUAUUCAUAUUUGGAGACUCCAUUUUUGACGUAGGAAACAACAAUGAUCUUGUCACCCUAAUAAAAGCUAACUUCCCUCCUUAUGGGAGGGAUUUUGUUGACCAUGAACCAACAGGACGAUUUUGCAACGGGAAAUUAGCUUUAGAUAUCAUUGCUGAGCAAAUUGGCUUCACUGACUAUCAGCUCGCUUACAUGAGUGACAAGGCUAACGGGGAAAUGUUGUUGAUUGGAGCCAAUUUUGCAUCAGCUGCUUCCGGUUAUUAUAAUGCUACAGCAAUUUUAUAUAAUACCAUCUCUCUGAGUCAACAGUUGGAGAACUACAGAGAGUACAAAAAUAAGUUGGUGGAUAUUACGGGAAAAUUUAAUGCUUCUUCCAGAAUAUCUCGUGGAAUCCAUCUUAUUAGUGCUGGGAGCAGUGACUUUCUUCAAAACUAUUACAUUAAUCCUUUAUUAUUUACCACCUAUACUCCAGACACAUUCUCAGAUAUUCUCCUUAACUCAUAUGAUCAUUUCAUUCAGAAUCUGUACGAGCUUGGAGCAAGGAGAAUUGGAGUCACAACUUUGCCACCACUUGGGUGCUUACCAGCAGCAAUCACAGCUUUUUGGCAUGGAAACAAUCAGUGUGUGGCCAGGUUAAAUAACAAUGCGAUUUCAUUUAACAACAAGCUCAAGCACAGGUCUCAAAGGUUAACAAGAAGGCUUUCUAAGCUUAAGUUGGUUGUCUUAGACAUCUACAAUCCUCUUUACACCCUUAUCACAGAGCCUGCUGAGAAUGGUUUUGCAGAGGUAAGAAGAGCUUGUUGUGGGACUGGAUUGCUGGAAACGUCAAUACUAUGCAAUCAACACUCCAUUGGAACAUGCUCCAAUGCAUCUCAAUAUGUUUUCUGGGAUAGCUUUCAUCCUACAGAGGCGGCAAACCAGAUUUUAGCCCAUGAACUUAUUCGGAGUGGAAGCUCUCUUAUUCAGCCAUAG